AUGUAUCCGAAUUUUUCGUCACCACGUGGAUUGGCGUUGAUUAUCAGUAAUCGCUAUUUUGCAACAAUGCCCGAGCGAAUUGGCACUGAUGUUGACGAAAUCAAUUUGCAAAAUUUGUUCCGGCAGCUCAAUUAUACGGUCUAUGUAUACAGGAAUCUUUGUUCAAAGGAGAUGCUUUUGACGAUGCAAACUUUUGCGAAACAGUCGCAACACAAGUCGCUGGAUUCGAGUGUUGUAUGUGUGCUAACACACGGUGAGCACGGUGAACUGUAUGGAGUGGAUGAAAUUCCGAUCCUCGUACAUGAAUUCGUUUCGUGCAUGAAUGCGACAAACUGUCCGGCCAUGGCUCAUAAACCGAAACUGUUUUUCCUGCAAGCUUGUCGAGGACGUAAGCAUUUAUUCAUCGAACAAGUAUCACCUAUUGAAGCGGAUAUAUUGGUAUCCUAUGCAACUACACCUGGCUAUGUUUCGUGGCGAAAUUCGGUGAGAGGCAGCUGGUUCGUGCAGAGUAUCUGUGAAGUAUUUGCAAAAUAUGCAAAAACAACCGAUAUUUUAUCUAUGUUAACACUGGUGAACAAACAGGUUGCCGAUGCAUUUGAGAGUUCCACGGGAUCAUUCAAGCAAAUUCCGGAUCAUUCCUCCAGGCUGCGCAAAGAUUUUUACUUCUUUCCAGGCGUAACAAAGCCAUUCACUUGA